AUGCCGGUUUCCCGUUCGCGUCGUUGCCCCUACCCACAUUCUCCCCAUCUCCCCACGUUCUCUCUGCUCCCCCCAGUGGCGCCGCUGGCGGCGUGCGCGGCGGCAUGGGGCGUGGCGUUCGUAGACCCGUCCGACCCCAUGGACUGCGGGAUCGCCCUCAACAUCACAUGCGACGCCGCCGGCAUGGUCGACUGGAUGGUGUUGAACGGCGGGGGCAUAGCAGGACCCAUCCCAGCCAGCAUCGGCGCCCUCAUCGGACUCACCCACCUUGAUCUAGACAACAACGCAUUGACGGGGUCCAUCCCACCCACCAUCAGCCACCUCACACGCCUGCUCUACCUCGACCUGAGUUACAAUCAGCUCUCUGGCUCCAUACCCAUCGCCAUCGACGGCCUUCUCUCAAUCACCCAGCUCAACUUUCGCAACAACAGGCUGAGUGGCAGCAUUCCUGCGGUUAUUGCCAAUCUCACCACACUCAAUGACCUGUGCGCCCUCUCUCUCUUUUCUCCCACUCUUCCCUUUCCUCUCGUGACCUCCCCACCACCUAACUCCCUGUUCCAACCAUCUUCCUUUUCUCUUCCCUCUAUCUUACCCGCCGCAUCCCCUCUGCUCAUGUUUCUUUCACCUGGAUUCAGGGUUAUCGAAUAUUCCUGA